AUUUGUGGUAAAAACCAGUACACAAUUGUAAAUUCAACUGGAACUGUUCAGAGUUGUCUGCCCUGUGAAACGUGCCACAAAGGAUUGGGAUUACACCCAAAAUGUGGCAGUACUCUGCAAGGUCGUCCAACAAUGAUUGAGUGCCGUCUCUGCAAAACAGGAACAUUUUCCAGUGAAUAUGAUUCUUCUCCAUGUAAAUCUUGUCAUCAGUGUGCAGAGCAUGAGAUAAAGAAAGCAGAGUGUACCAACAAAAAUGACACGGUAUGCAGUGGAAAAUGUGAGCAAGGAUAUUUCAUGAGCAAGACUGUUCACAACUGCCAGGAGUGUUCUGCCUGUUGUUUGGAUGGAGAAGAUGAAAAGGUUCAAGAAUGUGCCGGACUAGGCACAGACAAAGAUUGCACUCCUAGGCCGGAUAAGAAUUGUGGCAGUUCUAAUCCAGGUGCCACUGAAUCUAAAAAAUCAUUACCAACAAUUAUUGGAGUUAGUGUGGCUGGUUUUGUAAUUGCUGUAGGGGCCUUGCUUUUAAUGGCAUAUUGCUGUUGGAAGAAAAGAAAGAGGUCAUUAGAACAACAACCCGAAGCACCUUCUGGUGAACAAAGAAAUGGAUCAGCAAAUACACAUACAUGUAAGUUUUCCUUUCCCAAAAUUGCUGUCCAGCAGUGUUACAGUAGUACACUUUAGUACAAUUUAAAUUCAGCCAAUAUCCAGCCGUCUUGACCUUAUGCUUGAUCAAUAACGCUUUUUUUUUUUUCAGCAUCACAUGCAUAUGUUAGUGAAGGCCCAAGAACAGAGCCUAGAGGAGUUACAUUUGACAGUAACUGUUAUAAUUCAUCCUAUCAUGGAACACCCCAGACAUCACGACAAGUAAUUGAAGUUGAAGAACCAAAACCUGUACCAGGUAGGUCCAUAAAAGUUACUGAACAGUAGUUUACAAACACAAUAAUUAUUAUAACUGGUUAUGGUUGCAAUAACAUUUGGUUGCCAGCUUAAGAUACAUCAAUGUAUUUUUAUUAAUAGAGGAUUAUACAUGACUGCGUGGAGAUACAAAACUUUCCUGGUAUCUCAUUGCAAAAAUUAUUGCAUGAGAGAGUGGUGGAAACAUUAGUGAAAUAUUUUUCAACACCCAAAGAGAAAUUCAUAUCUCAGUGUGGCCAUGUAGUUUUCUAUUUAUUAUAUUAAACACAAUGAAAUAUCAAACCAUUUUUUUGCUGCAUCGAUAUAAUUAUUUCCCAUGUGAUGAACAAUUUAAACUUGCAACUUGUUGUUGAAUGUGUUCUGACAUAAACAGUUGAAAUUUUCUUUUUCCUGUAGUCUGCAUUUGCAGUUGUAAAAUAAUAGGUAACACGUAUAUUAUAACUGCACAUGUACCGUCAGCUAAGUACAUGGGUGACAAUUAGUUUACUUUUUUAUGUAACUGAAAAGACUAUUAUAAAAUGAGUGAUUUGAAAUUACAGUAAUUUGAAGUUUCUUUUUGCCCUUUAACAGUGAAAGACAGUAUUGUUUUAGUGGCUCUGCCAGAAGAAAAACAGAAAUCAACAAAUAACAAAAAGCCCUUAAUUGUGAGCCGACAAGGCAGCCAAGAUUCACAAACCAGUACUGGUCAGUAAUGUUAAACUUAUUACUUCAAUUAACAUAAUCUGCAAUUUACAUUUAUUGUUCUGUUUUUAAAAUUGUUUUAUUUAAUUUCUUUUUUAGGUGAGUUUAGAAAGUGCAGUUUCUCCUCAAGAAGUAUUGGAGAAUUUGUAGAGAAAAUCUCAUUGAAAAGGGAUAAUUCUCUUUUAGAAUCUGAUGAGGUAUAAAUUUAUUUAGUUCCAUAAAAUAAUUUAAGUUAUUCAUCCUGACUUUUGUUCAUUGUGGUAGUCCAAUUCAAAAUUUUUGUCAUCACUAUUUGUAGGCAUAAAAAAGUAUUAAGAGAAACCUCAACAACAACGACAGCAAAAACAAGUACAAUUAUAUGUAUUUAUUUAAGUGUCAAUGUGUUUAAAGUCACAAAGGACUUACUAAUAUAUAGAAGACUGUAAUGUUUCUUUUGCUGAAACUUCGGAAAUUAGCUAUAAUUUUAAUUUAAAACUUUUUUUCCUGUGGUGAUAUAACCUUAUUAAGUUGUUUUUAUUAAUCUUAAGUUUAUUGUUGUCUUUUUUGAGGAUUCUGAAGCACAUGGUAAGUUUAUCAGUGAUAAAACUGCAUGGUUAUGUUUUAGAUGCAUGAUAAUUAAAUUAUGCUCUGUCCGAACGUAUUAGUUAGUAGAGGAGACUGGUUAAGAAAGGUAGCAUUAGAAUCCAAGAUAAAAACAACUUUGCAGCAUGUUAUGCUGGGAGCUCACUGACUGAACACAAUCGACAUUUGAUGGACAAAGUUUUUGUUGGUCAAUAAGAUGAGAAUGAUAGGAAUGUUAUUGAACGUGGUGCAUCGUCAAGUCCCAAAAAACAAAUACAGGUAUUAAUGGAGUCUGACGGGCUUCAGGACCAUUCCACUCUAUUAACUAUGGUCUAAAGCAGUUUUUAGUACCAGUGUUCAGUAUUUUCCGAGGCGCCGGUUUCUUUAGUGUGAAGGGAGAGAUUUCGAGGAUGCGCGCACGCACGUGUUCCCCUCACGCGCUAUCCAUGGCGUAACCGAAAAAGCUAACCUGUGCCUGCCACGCAGGCUAAGGAUUUCUAGGCUAAAGUCACCAUGGAUUUUCGAUAUUGAAAGAGAAGAAAACCUGAAAAAUUGGUCAGAAAGGUGGGAAAGCGAAAGGGCCAAGUGGGGUGUAGGGUAGGGAGGAAGAAAAUACCCUGUCGUCGCCCGUUUAUCUCUAUACAUGUACUGGGACUCGUGCCUUUUACUCGUAGGGCUUCCUUCUAACCAUCUCACCCCUCCCGCCUAGGGAACUACGUCUGCAUCGUGGGCCACUGGUAGUAGAAAUAAUCAUGUAACGGUAAACGCAAGUUAGUUAGUAAAACGUGUUCGGAAAUACAGGCUCUAGUCCUUCGGGUUUGCUAGCUACCGUCCGGAUGAGACGGAACAAAUUGUGAGGUCAAGAGAACGUAUUGGUUCUAAUGCCAGCCGUCUUUUCGGGAGGGGAAGACUGGAGCUGGGAGAGCGGCGGAAAUCGAGCCUAGAGAACGCUCAUAAUAUGCUCCUUGGAGAUUGGAAUUUCACAAAUCACAAAAUAUCCGUCCUUGUAUACAGUGAAACCCCUUGGUAAUACAACCACCUUGGUAAUACGGUCAUUGUUAUUACGGCCACUUUUUUUCACCGCCUGGUGAAACGGUAAUAUAUUUCUUGUAAAAAAACCCUCGUUAAUACGGCCAGUUUUUUUUUUUUUUUAAGUUUAAGUUUCAAGUCUAUUAAAACUCAUUGGAUUCAUAUCAUAAUUGAUCCUUGCCCGCAAAAUAGCCUAGCCCAUUGGUGACCGUAUUAACGGGGUUCCACUGUAGGUUCAUGUUUGGCCAUCCAUUGAGAUGCCUAUAUUCACUUGAUUUAUGUUUUUUUUUUUUUUUCAAUAGAGCCGAUAAAGAUAGCCAAGCAUCCAAAGUCGCAAACUCCAAAAGAAGGAUCAAAAGUUGAGCUAGCAUGUAAGCUUGAAAAAAAGAGCAAGAAUUUCAUGUAUCAGUGGUUUAAAGAUGAUGUAGCAUUAAUUGGGCAGGAUAAAUCUGUUCUUGAACUGAAUCCUGUUCAGCUGCGGGAUUUUGGAUGUUACAUGUGUCGUGUGAGCUAUAAAGAUUUAUACGGAGAGGCCGAAAAGUCAAAUACUGCAAGACUUGACGUCAUCCAUCAUCCGGGUCUUAAUGGAAUGAGUGAGUAUCGGCGGCGUUUUGGUCUUGUUUUGACAUCAUUAGGGAACUUAAGCACCAGACGUUCUUGAUUCACGAACGGCAUGGUUGGCCGCACAGAACUGGAUCGGGGACGCGGUUUCCGCGCCAAAUGUUAAGCAAACCAACGUGAAACCAUCACGAACGCGGACAGAAUAAUUCAGUUGAAAAUGUCUUUCAAAGAUUCUACUACGCCUUUAAAGUUCUAACAUAACAAAAGAACAUACAAGGAUUGGAAACUGUUAUACUGGACAUCAAAUAUUAACAACUUUAACUGUGUUCAUACUCACGUUUCUGAACCUCUGGUUUCAACCCGAGAACUCGUGUUUUGAAGUCCGUGACUACAGCCCAAGAACGUCUUGACAUGCGCAGUGGCUGUCAUGCUGCACAAUUACUUCCGGCUGGCGUCCCUGGUACCAAGAACGUCUGGUGCUUAAGUUCCUUAUUAACAAUGAAGACGGAAGCCACCAGGAAAUUGAGUAAUAUUAAUUCUCAGUGGACAAAAACCUUCAUUGUUACUUGUACCAGAAUAAUCUUAAGAAUAUUGCAUUCUUUUUUACAUUUUGCAAGGGCUAAAGAUGUAAGUAGUCAUCUGUAAUAACGCCGAAGAAAAUUUCUCAUGGGAGUCCGAGAAAGAGAAUAUCAAAUUUCACAAGAAUUGUAAAAACACAGAAAAAAUUCGGAAAUUUCAUGUGUGAGAUGUAAGUUUGUGAACUUUGACAUUCAUUUUCAUUUUCUUCUUUAGUGUUAUUACAGAAGACUAAUUACAUCUUUAACCCUUGAAAAAUGUAAAAAUGUGCAAGGUUUUUGUCCACUAAGAAUUAAAAUUACUCAAUUUCCUGGUGGAUUCAAUAUCGCUCAUAUGUUUGCAGCGCGUCAUGAAAAAAGCUUUGUUCUUGCGUUUUUUCAAGGUCUGUAUUGAUCAGCUUUUUGAUAACCUUGAGUCUGGAAAAAUGAAUUAUCGUUUUGGAAAAAGUCUUGAAUUUUGGAUCCAAAAUCUGUAGGAGCCCUGUACGCGUCUUUGUUUUAAAGAAGCCAUUCUAACGCUGACAUUGGCAAGAAUUUGUGCAGACUCAUACAUCUGUAUGAACACUACUCUAACACAAUUUACACGGUUCCGGUUCCGUGUAAACGGGUUGCGCAGGUAAAAAAUUCUUCCGUUCAAGAAUUUGUCCGCACCCAUUUAAUUAAACGGGGUGAAGGGUCCACUACGCUGAGGUCAAGUCCAUUGUUAUAUUCGCCUAUAAUACAUCUAUAUAUACAUCUAAUACGUUACCUAUAAUACAUCUUGUUCAAGGCAAAUAGCUGUAUCAAUCACUUUCUGCCGCUUGCAGUCUGAAUGGUCAAUAAAAGUUAAUUAGCGUUCAUAGUUUGCUGUCGCGCUGAUGUGACAACUGCUGUACUUUUGAAUCCUUACAUACAAUGUAAAUGACCUUAUGUGCUUUAAAAUUGCCAAAAAAAACUUACCCUUACUCGUUUUCAGGACUGAAACGUCUGACAGAGUUAGACUUAGGCAUCAUGGACCGUGUGGCAUUGCUACUGGAAACAAGGAAACACGGUUGUGGAGACUGGAGAAGAAUUGGUUCUAAAUACGACAUGGAAGACCCCGGCAUUGCAGCUCUGGCUAAUGCGCCAUUAAAUGCCGGUGAUCGUGGAAAAGCAGUCUUGGACUUUGUGAAAGCGACCAAGCCAAAUUUGACCGUGUAUGAUUUUUGCAAAACUCUGAAAGAGGACGACUUUAAGAGGUUGGAUAUUGUAGAGGAACUAGAGAAUCACUUUUUAGUUUCGAUUAAAUCAGAUGGACAGUGA